UAAAAUUAUAUUAAUUGUUGAACUGCAUCGAUAUCGCAUCAGUCCCUGUGGAGACGAUAAAAAUAUACUUACUUUUGUACUUCAACAAAAUGGCGCCGUUGCCGGGGACUGACGUUUAGAUAUUGGAGCAUUGCAACAAUUUAUAUUCUUUUAAGUAUUUGUACAUAUUUGUUUAUAUUGUAUAGUUGUGGUUUGCACUAAUCCUUCUUUGCUAGACAAAGAAUUAUUUUUCUUGUUAGUUCAAUCCUUUUUCAGAUUCACCAUCACAAAAGAACCAUGACUAAUCGUGGUUAUAAUAACUUCUAUAUUUCGGAUGAGUACGAAACGUAUCAACAGUAUCCACCUGAUAAUUAUGUGCAAACUCCAGAGGCUAGAUUGGAAGAGACCAUGAUUAAAUUCAUGGAAAUGCAGCAGCAACACAUGCAACAACUACAACAACAGAUGCAUGAGCAACAACUACAGCUGCAACAAAUGCAAGACCAGCACCAACAAUAUCUGAAAAAUAGUCUUGCACGGGCCAAAAAUUUGAAAAAUCAGCUUAGUCAGUUGGCACAACAAAUGGAGAAUAAGCAAAAUUUGGAAAUCCAAACCAACACCCAAACAACUCCUGAAGAGAAAGAUAAUAUUCUAAAUGAGGAAAAUGAAGAGAGUGUGGAAGGAGUUGAAAACUAUGAGGAAGAAAGAAUGUGUGAUGGAUGUGGUGGAGUGAAAAUAGUGGAAGAAAUAGAGACACCACAAGAAGUAGAACUUCCUCAAGAAUUGUCAUACACUGUUGAUGAUGAAGAAGUGAUGAUGGCUGCAAAAGAAAUUAAAGGAUUACUUGACGAGAAAAUAUCAAUUGAGCAAAAGAGGGAGAAUGAGAACAAGGCGGAGAUUGAUCGGGUCAUAGACGAAAUUUGUGCCUUGUUCAACAAGAAGCAAUUGUGGAGGAUAUGGACUCCGCAACAUCUAUAUCUUAAAUUCAUGGAGUACCUGCCAAAUCAAAGGAAAAAGACGGAUGAUGUGCUUUCCGUCUCAUUUUGGCCACCCUAACCAAAAAGGCGUCAAGCUAGUGACGUAAAAGAAGCGCUUGUUGGGAGGCAACCCAAUUUUCUAUCUUUACUAUUUAAAUUCUGCAAUUUAUAAUUUUACUGCACUUAGGCAUAUUUUGAAAGGUUUUAAAAGAUCCAAAAUUGGAACCAUUACUUCUGGUGUGAAAGUUCUGUUUUUUUUUUUUUUUUUGUGUCAUGUGUGUUGCAUUUGCUAAGCUAAAUUUCCAUGGCUAAGUGAAUUGUGCAAAUUUUGAAUUUUUAAAGCAGCAACAUUCAUAGCUUUCACAUUAGAACUUUCAACCACCUAUCCCUUUAUCUCAUUUUCUGAUUUCAUUGAUAUUGAAGGCAUUGUGAAGUUUUGUUGCUUAUCUAGGAAACACCAUGUUUAUGAAUUUGAGGUUGCUGCCUUUAAGCAGAUUUUGAAAGUGUAUUAUGCUUCAACCGGUCUUUGUUGAUUGUAGAAAUAUGCACUUAUGACAGGGUUACUUUCACUAAGCUGGAAUGUUGAUUUGGUUGCUUUAACUUGUGCUAUUUUAAAGUUGAAUUUGACAAAUUUCUUUUGUGCUAUGUCUUGACUUUCAUGAGUUAUUUUAAAGGCAUGGAUACAAAACUCUUAAUCUUGAACUGACAUUAGAAUCAUGUGACAACUGUGUUUCAUUGUUGCUUAUUUGAACAUCAUGUUUGCAAUUCCUAAAAGACAUGAACUGUUAAAUCUUAACUUAGUGGUCAUCACUUGUUGUCUUACCAUUAUUGCUUGUUGAAGUUCAUGACUUUACUUUCAGUAAGCUCAUAAUUGCAAAUCUUUCUAAGCUUAAGGGAUGUGGAAGGUAAGUGUGUAAAGAAAGUGCCCUGUAUACCACUUGUUGACUUCUUAAAAACUGUUAUAGAAACAUAGAAUGCAGUAUGUGCAAAUUCUUUUUCACUCAUUCUGUCUGUAAAUUUCGCUAAGCGAAAUUCCUGUGGCUUAGCGAAAGUACGAGUUUCUGAAUCUAUUCUGCUGUGUUCUUGAGAGACAUGUGUGUGGUGUUAUUUGCUAUAUUAACAUUUGUUUCAGAGAUGGCACCAAAGAGGCAUUUGAUACCUGAUUAGGAAUGGCCUAUGGAAAGGCCAUUUUACUUGGAGGAGGUGAGACAGGCUGUUGUUGGUACCAAAGAAGUGGAGAAGAUCAAGACAACUGACAAGAGAAAGAUUGACUGAAAAGCUCUCCAAAACUCUGUGAACUUUAUUUUAAUAGCUUUCGGUUAAAUUUAUGCUUUUUUUUUUUGUGAAUAUCUUAAUAUAUGUUUCUCUUGUGGUCUUGGUUGAAAAAAAUGGUUCAAUUUUUUUUUAAAUUAUUUUUGAAUCUCAUGUGCAUAUGAAUUGAAAAGUUUAGGUUUGUGAUUAAUCAAAUUCAAAUGCAUGAUUAGAAUAAUUUUUUUUUUUCAAAUUACAUUGUUUGAGGUCAAAAUUUUGUGAUUAUCUUUGAAUGAUAGGAUGAAUUUGAACCAAGUAGUUUUAUUCAAUUUGAUUUCAUCCAUUCCUUCUUGAGAUGAUUAAUUGAUGAUGAAUCACUUAACCUAGCCGGGUGAGAUUGUGUGAACCUUCCAUUGUUUAUAUAUUUGAGAGCCGACAAUUGUGUUUAACUCUGUUGAUUUUAACUGAAUCUUGCUAUUACUUGAUGUGUUUGAAGUCAUGGAAAUGAUCAAGGCCGUGUUUCUAUUUGAGUGCAACUACUUAAGCCAAAAUAACCUACUUUGUGAGUUAGUGUGAUCCUUUGCUACCCCCCUUGAGCCAAAAUUUUUUGAAAAUUUGUUUGUUUUGAACCCUUGAACCACAAUAAAGAAAAACAAUGACUUAACCCUUGUCUUAGGAUGAUUGAGCAUUGAAUUUAAGUAGGGUUGAAAACAAGUUGGGGAGAAAGAGGUUAUUUGUUUGUUUGAAAGAAAGAAAAAAAAAAGUAGUUGAAAAA